AUGCAAGUUCAGAAAUUAGGAGACUCAGGUCUUAGCAUAUCAAGAAUUAUUGUUGGGUGUAUGUCAUUCGGUAACAAAAACUUUGGAGAAUGGGUUAUUGAUGAUGAAAGUAGAGUAUUUUCAAUCUUAAAGAAGUGUUACGAUAGUGGACUCAGAACGUUUGACACUGCAGAUGUCUAUUCGAAUGGAGCUUCAGAAACUUUGCUUGGAAAAUUUUUAAAAAAGUAUAAAAUCCCUAGAAACAAAGUAGUCAUUUUAACUAAAUGCUACUUUCCUAACGAGUCCGAGAACCCAGAUUUUAACUUUAGAACAAUUGGAAGUGCCCCUGUGUAUGAGUUUGCUAAUGGUCAAGGAUUGUCACGUAAACACAUUUUUGAUGCAGUUCAGGCUUCGGUAGCAAGGUUAGGCACAUAUAUAGAUGUUCUCCAAAUUCACAGACUCGAUCCAGAUACGCCUAAGCGUGAAAUUAUGAAGGCAUUAAACGAUGUAGUUGAGCAGGGCCUCACUAGAUACAUCGGUGCUUCAUCGAUGAGAGCUGUUGAAUUUGCUCAGCUACAGUUUAUAGCCGAUAAGAAUGGGUGGUUCAAGUUCAUCAGUAUGCAAAACUACUACAACUUGACGUACAGAGAAGAAGAAAACGAAAUGAUUCCAUUCUGCAAUGAUUCUGAGUUUGGUAAAGUAGGAUUAAUCCCGUAUUCGCCUCUUGCUAGAGGUAUUUUAACUAGACCUGUUGGCAAAGAGUCAGAAUUCAAUAGAACUGAAAAUACAGAUAGUAUUCAAAAGAGUUUCAAAAUGAACAUUCUAAGCGAUGCUGAUAAGGAAAUUGUGAAUAGAGUAGAAGUGUUAGCUAAAAAGAAUGAUGUUUCAAUGGCUUCAAUUGCAGCAGCCUGGGUUUUGAGUAAAGGAGCAUGUCCAAUAGUUGGCAUUAACAGUGAAAAAAGAGUUGAUGAUUACCUUACUGCCGUAGAGCUUAUCUUAAGUGAAUCUGAUAUUAAGUAUUUAGAGGAGCCGUAUGUCACGAAGCCCCAGCACAUGUUUAUAGCAAAGAAGUAG